AUGGCAGAAGGUGCGUCACACGCAGAGCAGCUCUUGGAGUGUGCCCGUAGAAACAACACAGACCUCUUUGCCGAAAUCGGCGCCCAGUUGCUGGACAACGAGGAGGCGUUUGGCCAACUCAUCAAUUCCACGAAGGAAAUCGUCUCCGGAAACGGCCCUCUCCAUAUUGCUACGCUGUUCGGCAAUUGGGAUGUUUUGGACUUGAUGCUUGAUGUUCCCGGUGUAGAAAUUGACCCUCAAAACAGGGAGAAUCAGACCCCAUUGCAUGUUGCGGUGAAGUAUUCCGCCGAGGAACCGGAAUUGGGUUACUUCAUAGUGGACAAUCUAUUGGAUGCUGGUAGCGAUCCUCGUGUACUUGAUAGCAAUGGCCUUAGACCUGUUAGUUACGUGGUGAACAAUGCUAAGCUUUUGGAGUUGUUGAACAACGCCGAGUAUGCCGGCGCGGAGGCUGCUGGAGUGUCUGCUGCUGUCGGCAAUGAUGAUGAAGACGAUGGUGAGGAUGAAGGAAGUGCUUCCGAUUCCGAGUAG